UUCCCUGUUUUUCCAUUUUUUUUAUAAACAAAAACUGCAAAACACCCCCCUCAUAAAUUUCAGAAAAAAAUCGAAAUCUCUGAACGUCUGCUUAAAUGGGUUCAGACUUGCAGGCUUUUUCACAGCCGUCUUUACCAUUAUUGCACCUAUCAUUAUUACCAUGCACAAAGGGUUUGCUUGUUUCUCCUGAAAUACCAGGUCUUCCUCCUCCUUCCUCAAUAAUGGCUUCCUUUUCACCUUCAUUUCCCUUUCCCUCGGAUACCCAUUAAUCUUUUCUUCUUCCUCCUCCAAAAAGUUUUGAUCUUUUUGAAAAACCCUUUACCUCCAACAUUUAAUUUCAUUAUGUAUUAUUGUACUUUUGCUCUGUCUUUUUCAGUAUUUUAAUUGCAAACUCUUCCCCAAAAAAUAAGCUUUUUUUUUUUUUGGUUCUUUUUUCAUAUUGGCAUUCGAACCUACCAUAGCUUGCCGCUUCUCCUUUGUUCCUUACUAGAAGAGAAGAGGCUGCCUUUUAUUUUGUUUAUUUGUUUACUCCUACUCUGUUUUGGGUUCUUGUGGAUUUUAGGAAGUCAGCAUCUCUUUCAGCUGUGGGUCACAGGCAAUGGCUGCCCCUCCAGGAGGAUCCUCGUCUGUGCUGCCGCUAUCCCCGCUCUCGCCCUCUCCCAAGUCUCCACCAGAGUACCCUGAUUUGUAUGGGAAACGCCGGGGAAUGGCCAAGGUUCAGAUGCUUGAGAGAGAGAUUGGUUUUCUCCAGGACGAAUUAAAAUCGAUUGAUGGUUUUCAACCGGCUUCCAAAUGCUGCAAAGAGAUUACUGAUUUUGUCACGGCAAAGUCUGAUCCUUUAAUACCUACAAACAGAAAGAGCCGAAGAAAAUCAUGUCGCUUUUGGAAGUGGCUCUGUGGAAUGCCCUGCUUUAACCUGUCAUGGAUUUGUUGCUGCUGCUGUUCCCCCGGGUGCUCUUGCCGCCUGAAAUGCCCACAGUGCUGCAGCUGUAACAGUAAUCCUUGCAACAGUUGCAGCUGUAACAGUAAUCCUUGCAACAGUUGCAGCUGCAACAGUAAUCCUUGCAACAAUUGCAGCUGCAACAGUAAUCCUUGCAACAAUUGCAGCUGUAACAGUAAUCCUUGCAAAAAUUGCAGCUGUAAUCCUUGCAAAAAUUGCAGAUGUAAUCCUUGCAACAAUUGCAGCUGUAAUCCUUGCAACAACUGCAGCUGUAAUCCUUGCAACAACUGCAGCUGUAAUCCUUGCACCAACUGCAGCUGUAAUCCUUGCACCAACUGCAGCUUUAAUCCUUGCACCAACUGCAUCCCGUGUAACAGCUGUUUAUGUGACUGCACUUCUUGUUUCUGCUGCUCGUUACCAAAAUGGCAGUGUUGCUCUUGUCCUAAGAAGUCAUGCAACCAAAACCGCUGCAACUGCUGCUGCAAUUUUGGGUGCCCUUCGUGCCCAGAUUGUUCUUGUUGCAGAUUCAAAUGCUCUUUUCCUAAAUGUCCAAAGGUGCGCCUUUGUUGCAGCUGUAAAAAAUCCUGCUGUUGUAACCCAUGCUGUUUAUUCUUCUAACAUAUUAUCGCAUUUCUGGAGUAAAGCUUUGAUCCCUGGAUAUUCCAUUCCAUUCUUCCCUUACAUAUAACACUGCUUGUGCAUUGUGGAAUUAGCGCAUCAUUUUUGUUUUUCCAGAUGAAAUUGUUUCUUGUCAAGAAAGAAAAAUUGUAACGGUCU